AUGGCCAGCGAACAAGUAAGACCCUCUCAAUACAAGCAGUCUUCUCGCAAGGGCAAAAAGGCGUGGAGAAAAAACAUUGACAUUUCCGACAUUGAAAAGUCUAUUCAGCUACGAAACGAUGAGGAAAUCACGCAUGGAUCUAAGGACUUGUCAACUCUGGCAAACAGAGACCUGUUUCAGGUUGAUACGGAAGGUGAUGAAGAACUGAAGCGUAAACUGAUCAAACGCAAACAGAUCAAGAAAAAUCUGAAAUCAACAGAAAUCCUAGAGUCGAUUCAGACGAGAUCAAAAGUCCCAGCGCUUUCACACCCAAAGACUGGCUCCAAACAGGCACAAAAAAAUGACAAAAUUCAAGGUGUGUCCAAAAAAGAGUUGAAACGGUUGAUGGCUUUGGCUGGAAGAAUCGACGGUGAGAGUAAGCUUAAAAAUGCAGUCGACAGGAGGGGUGUUGUGAGAGCAGGCGGUGACAACGAUUUAUGGGGUGCCGAGGAAGAAAUAAAGCUGCCAUCUGGUGUCAAGCUGUCUUUAAAACAAGGCCAAAAGAUUCCUGAAGAGUUGAAAACGAUGUCUACCACGGGUUGGUCUAAGCCGACAGUGGCUCCGGAUACAAUAACCAGAGCUCCUGUUCUAGUCAAGUCUUUCGAACAGACCCCACACGCAGGUAAAUCCUACAACCCUAGUAAUUCGAGCUGGUCUCAACUGAUAGAAACCGAGUACGAGGGAGAAAGGGCCAAAGAGGAAAUUAGGCUACAAUUGGAAGCCUAUAAAGCCAGGAUCAGUCAUCUUAUCGAAACUUUGGACAACGACGAAGAGGAAGAAGAUUCCGAUGAUGCUGAAAAGUCUGAUGAGGGAGAAGACGUCGAGAAGGAUGCUCAAGAUGACAGCGGGCUGAAACUUUCGCUGAACAAGCCUGUAGUCAACAAAAAGAAGACCAAGUACCAGAGAAACAAAGAACUCAGACACAAGCAGAAAAUGGAGGCACAGGCUGAACUAAAGCAACUCAAGGUACAGUUGCGUGAGCUGGAACGUUUUGAGGAACUACAAAAAGCCGUUGAGGAAGCCGAUGCGGUUCGCGGUGAAAAGACUGCGAACAGAGUAGGGAAGCCUUCGAAAGCAAACAAAAAGAACAAACUCGGUACGAAACAUUCCGUAUUGGAUAACAACCUCGAGGUCAAGUUUUCCGAUGAGCUCUCUGAUUCUUUGCGGAAGCUAAGGCCCGAGGGAAACUUACUUUACGACACGCUUCGGAAAUUGCAAGGGUCCGGUAAAAUUGAAACCCGUAUACCUGUCAAAAAGGGAAGGAGGUACUCACCAAAGGUUACUGAAAAGUGGACCUACAAAGAUCUCAAAUGA